AUGAGGAAAUUUACUGUAAAUCAGGAGACACACCGCCUGAGAUUAAAAAUAGACGCUUACACCACAUUAGGGACAUAUCUGACAGUAUACACAGGAGGACACGGGGGGACAGAGUCACUCUGCCCACCGACGUUAAAUUGAGGUUUCCGGCAUGAAGGCGCUGAGUUUGCUGCAUGUGGACGUAGCAGCUGGACAGCAGCAGGCCACAACAGGGAGAAGCCUCUCGUCCAACUAUGUUCCUCCAAGUCUGGAGAAUAAGCUCCUGGCCCAGGCCUCGCUGUUGAUGCCCCGGCUCGGCUCUCAUCUGUCAUCGCUGGAGCUGCAGCCCUCCUCCUGCCCCUCUCUCCAACCUUCGAGCCUGUCCUCCACCACAUCCACCUUUCCUUUCUCCACCUCUUCCUCUUCCUGCUCUCCGUCACUCACCUCUCCCCUCCUUAGCACCGAGAACAGGCUCCUGAGUAGACAUGCACCCGUCCUCUUUCCAUCCUCCUCCUCUUCCUCCUCUGCUGCCCCUGCUUUUGCCCCCCACAGCUCUUUUCUCUCCACGACCCUGGCCAACAGCGCUCUGCUUUGCCACUCCUCUCAUCUCCCUUCCUCAUCCCUAUUUCCUGGUCUGAGAGAUGAGCAGAAAAAGGAUGAUGGACGAGAUGAAGGAGAAGAGGAAACAUCUGAGGCGAUGCAGUCCUGCGGUGAAGAAACAAGCGUGCAUUCUGAGGAGGACGGCAUGGUGGCUGAGCAGGCACAGGAGGAGGCUGACCUGACUAUCAAACUACCUGUCCUGGAAACAGAAUUGAGCGACCAGGAGCGUGACCAAACUGUGCCAGUCAGGCAGGAUGAGUUUGCUGAAGUAGAGCCAGGAAAAGAUGACAUUGAAGAGGAACUGAAGGAUAAAAAGUAUCUGCUGCUGAACGCGGUGUGCUGCUCCCUGGUCAAUAAGAGCACCGCUCCAGGCCAGAAGGACUGGGACUCCGAGGACAGUGUCUGGACCAGGAUCACCAGCCUGGCCGAGGACAUCUGUGCCAGUGACCCGCAGUUUCUCCUCAAGGUGGCUGUGUAUACCAGACAGGAGCUGAACAUCCGCAUCACAGCUAACUUCCUGUUGGCUCUGGCUGCCCAUCAGUCUCCUACCAAGCCCCAUGUCCGCAGAUACUUCUGUGCAGCCGUGCAGCUGCCCUCUGAUUGGCUGGAAGUGGCCAGAAUCUAUAGCACGUGCUUCAGUCGCUGCCUGCCAGCCUGCCUAAAGAAAGCCAUGGCUGACAAGUUCAAGCAGUUCAGCGAGUACCAGCUGGCCAAAUACAACACACGCAAACAUCGCUGUAAACACAACCGCAACAGGCCCAAAGGCAAGAAACCAACAGAUAAACAGCUGAAAGAGUGGGCAGACAUGGUCAGAUCAGAUGCAACUAUACUGAAGAAGUUUUUGCGUGUGGAAGGCAGUCCGGCAGUGGUGGAUAAAAAGCAGAGUGAGUUUAGCAUGAAGAAGAUGAUCAAAAAGCUUCACAUUAAAGAACCAGCCGAGCAUGUUAUGGCCAUACUGGGAAGAAAGUAUCCUGCUGACGUGAAGGCGUUCACCCACAGCGGGCUGAGCGGUGUGUGGGACAGAGAGAGAGCUGGGCGCCGCAUGAAGCUGAAACAGCCCGAGACGUGGGAGCAUCUGCUCAGUCAGCAGGGCAACAAGGCCGCCACCUGGGAGAAGCUCAUAGAUGACAGGUCUCUUCCCUUCAUGGCCAUGCUGAGGAACCUGAGGAACAUGAUAACUCAGGGCAUCAGCGAGAACCACCACAAGAAGAUCCUCAGCAGGCUCAUGAGUAAGAAAGCAGUGAUUCAGAGCCGGCAGUUUCCCUUCAGAUUCCUCGCCGCCUACAAAGUCAUGAUGGAGCUUCACAGAAUUGCCAUGUCAUCCCAGAAGGCGCUCCCCCCCUCUAAGGAGAUUUUGAAGGGCAUCCUGAAGAAGAUUCCCCAGAGCAGACGCUACAAGCGACUGGACUGGGAGACGGCCCAGAGGAAGAGGAUGAGGGUGGCGCUGGGCGUGCCCUUCGUCUAUCGGAUGUACACUCUGAAGAGGGCUCAGCUCCAAAAAGCCAAUCAGAGGCAGUUCACCGUUGCUCUGUUGGACCGUUACCGUAAAGCUCUGGAGGCGGCGGUGCAGAUCUCCUGCCGGUACAACGUGCCUCCCCUCCCUGGACGAACCGUCGUCUUCCUCUCCACUAACCUGAGGGCCGACAAUGCCUGGGGCCAGAAACACGACUUCUGCUGCCCGCCCGACCCGGAGGACGAGAAGAAGGAGGGAGAAGAAGAAGAAGAGGAAGAAGAAGAAGGAGGCGAGGAAGGGAAGAGAAAGACAAAGAAAAAAGGAGACAAGGAUGACAGUCUCACUCCGUCUAUGACGGAGGUGGCGGUUUUGCUGUCAUUGAUGAUUGGCUACAGCGCUGAGGACUUCAAGCUGUGUUUAGCUGAUUGGAAUCACAGUGAAGAGGCCAAGCUGAAGUCAGAUGUCCUUUUGGAAAAUGUCAGAAGUAUAAUCAAGCAGAUACAGGAACGUCAAUCGAGCUACGGGUCGGGGGAGCAGAGGAGCUCCUUCAUCUCCCAAGUGCUCACAAAGAAAAACAAGGUGGACAACAUCAUUGUAUUGACUGAUAAUUGGAUUCAUCCCGAAAUCCAAUGGGCCAUCAACAACUACAGGAAGAAUGUGAAUGAUAAGGCGCUUCUGGUGGAAAUCUUCCUCUCAGAGCGCCCUGCAGAGUCCGCCAAAGACAGGAACCAUGUGACGCUGUCGGGCUUCAGUGAGCAAAUGCUCAGGUUUGUGGCAGAGCGGGGAUCAUCCAGACUGCUGGACCAUGUGGAGCAUUUAGACAAACUGCACAACAUCCCCCCACCUCAGGGAGCCAACAAGCCCCAGACCACCACCACCAUCACCCCGAUACCAGCCAGCCCCAGUUUAAGGUGGCGAGGCGUACGUGUCUUUAUCUCCUCCACCUUCAGAGACAUGCACGCAGAGCGCGAUGUCUUGGUGCGCGCCGUCUUCCCGGAGCUGCGGCGCCGCGCUGCACCACACUGCCUCUACCUGCAGGAGGUGGAACUGCGCUGGGGUGUGACAGAGGAGGAGUCGGGUCGGGCCACCGAGCUGUGUCUGUCUGAGGUGUGUCGCAGCCAUAUGCUGGUCGGCAUCCUGGGUGAGAGAUAUGGCCUGGUGCCGCCCCGACCGGCCCUGCCCGACCUGCCACAGUACAGCUGGCUGGAUUCGGCUCCGGACGGCCUGUCCAUCACGGAGAUGGAGAUGCGUCAGUUCCAGGCUCUGUUCCCAGACUCGGCUCACCAACGAAUGUUCUGCUACUUCAGGGAUCCAAACCUCAUCAAGUCAGUUCCUGUGGCGUGGAGAUCAGAUUUUGCCCCUGAGUCAAAGGAGGCGGAAGCUAAAAUGGCUGAUCUAAAGAAGAGGAUACGGGUCAGUGAUGUGAAAGUCACUGAGAAUUACCCGUGUGAGUGGGGGGGUGUUAUGGAGGGGAAGCCCUAUCUGAAAGGCCUGGAGGACUUUGCCAAGACAGUGCUGGAAGACCUCUGGACGGCUGUGAAGAAGAUCUUUGUUGAAGAUGGCGAUGACGCAGAGGCCGCGUCGGACGUGAGCGAGCAGGAGGUCCACCAGGGGGCGCAGCAGAGGCAGUUCUACGGCAGGGCCAAGCUGCUGGCUGCGGCUGUGGAGAAAGUCCAGGACGUCCAGGGAAAAGGAGGCCUGAUGCUGGUGGAGGGAGCUCCCGGAGAGGGCAAAACUGUCUUCAUGGCUGCUUUAGCAAACGCCCUCAGGAUGGGCGAUAAGUCCAAGAGAAAACUGGGCUGUGAUGUCAUCUCCUACUCUACGGCGGCUAGCCAGUCUGCACGGUCCGUGGAGAACCUCCUGCGAUGCCUCGUCCACUGGCUGAGGAGAAGGAAGGACACUGAGGAGGAGCCUCCUCUUCCCUUAUCUUACAAAGAUUUACUGGCAGAAUUUCACACCAAGUUGAGUGACAUCAAAAAGGACCAACCGCUGGUCCUGCUGGUUGACGGGGCGGAGCUUGUCCGAGAUGGCAGGGGUCAGCUCAACUCUGAUUGGAUACCACAGCAGCUUCCACAGGGUGUGUGUUUGGCAGUAAGUGUCAAGUCCAGUUCGGCUCUCUUGCAAACCCUUUCCAAGAAGCGAGGGGCCGUGCUGUUCGCCCUGGGCCAGCUCUCUGUGCCGGACCGGAAGGAGAUUGUGCAGAAGCAGCUGGACGCCUUUGGGAAGAAACUCAGUGACUCUGCAUUCAACAACCAGCUGCAGACGCUGAUGAUGAAGAAGGGAGCGGUGAGCCCUCUCUACCUGCACCUGGCCUGUGACGACCUGAGGAAAUUUGCCUCCUUUGACAAGCUGAAGGAGAGCAUCCAGAGCCUGCCGCAGUCUCUCACCCAGCUGGUGCAGUACAGUCUGGACAGGCUGUGCUCCCAGUACAGAGGAGUGGUGGGGCUCCGCUCGGCCCUCGCGGCGCUCACCGUCAGCGCUGCCGGCCUGAGGGAGAGAGACCUGUACGGCAUGCUGAACAUUUGCAACGAACUGUUCUCACGCAGCGAGCAGGUCACAUGGGAGGAAGUGCUGCACCUGUCCAGGAAGCCAAGAGGACGCGUUCCCAUGGCAACUUUCACCCAUAUUGUGCAGAGUUUACAGAGCCUGGUUGGUCCGUCCCACAGCCACGGGCCUGACGACCUGCUGGCUCUGACCCAUCCGGAGGUGAGGCGGGCCUUUGAGGAGUUCCUCCUCCCGGCAGAACGGGACAGAACCAGAGCUCAUCUUGUGUUGUCAGCUCAUCUGUGGGCACUGGCAGAUCCCCAGGGAGCCGAUACCUUCCUCCACUGUGAGGCCAGUUCCAUCAUGCACCUGCCGUCCCACCUGAUGGGAAGUGACCAGUUGGAGGCACUCUACUCCCUGCUCUCCAGUUACUACUUCCUGUAUGCUAAUGUGCGCCACGGCCUCCUUCACCACAUCCUGGAGAUUUACAGCCUGUAUGACAAGAAGAGAGAAUCGACACCCUCAGCUCCCAGCCAGAAGGAUCUGCAGGAGUGCUGGGGUUUCCUGCGGCGUCAUGCCAUCCUCCUGUCCUCCUGGCCAGCCCUCUUCAUCCAGCAGGCCCUCAGCGAGGCUCCCCACACCUCUGCCCACACCUGGGCACAAGGCCUGAAGGGACACGGAGGCGCCCGGGUUGUUCAGUGGCUGAACAACGACACUCAAAAUCUGCUACGGGGCAGUGAGCUGGUGUCAACCUUCUCCUCUGAACCGACGUGUGUGGCGGCGAGCCCGGACGGAGGCCUGAUGGUGGUUGGUACUGGACAGGGGACUCUUCACUUCAUCCACACAAAGACUGGACAGGAAGUGAGGUCACUGGUGAGCAACUGUGAUGGCAUCUCUAACUGUCUCUUCCUGAGCGACGUCCUUCUUGCUACCACCUCUUUUGACGGACGAAUAGAGACGUGGGACAUCGAGAACGGCUGCAGGACUGCUCUUAUUGAUGGUCACUCAAAUAUGAUCACAGGAAGUGAUGUCAGUGCAGACAGGAAGCACCUUGCGACAGUGUCCCUGGACUUCAUGCUGAAAGUGUGGUCCUCUGCUAAAAAUCAUGAGGUAGCAACAAUGCCCAGCUCCAGCCCGAUGAACUGUGUGACCUUUGACCCUGAAGGUCACCUGCUCGCUGCUGGCUGCUGGAACGGGGAUGUGAUGGUGUGGAACUGGCUCCAGAACAAAAUGCUGACAACCCUGACAGGUCACGAGGGGUCAGUCCGGAGUCUUUCCUUCUCUCCCUCGUCCUCCAUGCUGUGCUCUGGCAGUCUGUCGGGCGAGGUGAGGGUUUGGUCAGUGCCGACCUCCACCUGCGUGGGGCGUUUCCAGGCUCACACCGGGGCCACCGAGGUCCUCACCUUCCUGGAAGAAGGGAGCAUACUGCUGAGCGCCGGAGCUGAUCACAUGAUCCACUUCUGGUCAGGGGGACUUGGUUGUUCAGUGAAUGUGCUUGGAGAGGACAAGUACGAUCAGGAACCUCCACAGAAGAAACUCAAGUCCACGGCCUCGGAGCCUGCCGCUCUUUGUGUGGCGGGGAACGGAGAAUAUUACGCUGUGGGUUACCAUGGUGACGGCAUCAAGCUGCUCAACUUUGAGUCAGGUGAGACGACGUGGGCCACUGAGGACCUGCGGGUGUCCGUUCUGUGCCUGAUGUGGCUGACUGUGGAACAGGAGCAGGCGGGUCCGGAGCUGCUGGUGUCGGGUGGAGGAGACAAGAACCUGAGGGUGUGGAGGAGAACGGGAGGGCAGAGCAUGCUGGGAGGCCUGGCGCUGAUGGGACAGUUUGGGGUGCAGCAAGGCCCCAUCCUGGCACUGGCCCAAAACUCCUCCUACCUGGCAUCUGCCUCUGAUGACUUCACCAUCGCUCUGUGGUCAGUGGAAGAGCUGACCCCUGACCCUUGGGUCGACCCCACUGUGGUUUCGAUGCUGAGGGGCCACAGCGGCGGGGUCACCUGUCUGGCCUUCAGCCCUGACGGUGGACAGCUCCUGUCUGGUGGAAAAGAUCAGGCCCUGAUGGUGUGGGAUGUGAGUUCCUCUCCUCCUGCUCUGUCUAAGUCGCUCCCUCACUCUCACAGAGACUGGAUCACCGGCUGUGUGUGGACCCCAGACUGUGUGGUGAGCUCUUCAAAUGACGGUAGGCUUUGUGUGUGGGACCUGCAGACGGGCCGCAGUCUGAGUGAAAUCCCCUGGAGGUCACCUCUCAGCUCUAUCUGCUGUCUGGGACGGUACGUGGUGGCAGGCUGUGCAGAGGGAGUGCUUCACGUGUGGAAGUGGGAAACGGGUGUAGAAAUCAGCCACAUCUCUGCCCACCAGCAGCGCAUUAACCACUGCUCUGUGCUUCCAGACGCAGACAAGAACAAAGAAGUCGUCGCAGAGGACAUGAUAGUCGCCACUACAUCUGAUGAUGGUACUGUGAAGCUUUGGAGGCCCUUCCAGGUCGAGCACUUCAGCACCUUCCAGGGUCACAGCGGUGGGAUAAAUGGAGUGGUGCUCAAGGAGGGCAUCCCAGAAUUCCUCAGCAUAUCUGAAGACUGCUCGUUGAGGUGUUACUUAUGGGCAAUAGAUAAUCCUCCCGACACGAGAGGCCCUGUCACCGCCUUGUGCUUUUCUCAGAGCGACGACCUGCUGCUGGCUGGCUAUGAGUCUGGCUUGUUGGAGAUAUGGCUUCACAACAGGAUGGUCAGCCUCAAGCAGGGCUCUGAUAGUGCCGUCACAGCAAUCUGCUCCAUGCCGGAUGGCCAGUUCGCUGUCAGCUACAGGAAGCCCUGCAUCCACGUGUGGAAGCUACAGUGGAAUCAUCAGCACAGCGUCGCAAGCCUGGUGAAAGUGUCCACAUACACAGCGCAGGCUCCAGUGAUGCACCUCUGCUACUGCUCCGUCCUGAUCGGAGCGUCUGACAGCGGAACCAUAUAUGACGUCACAGUCAACAAUGAGAACGACUGGAGACACAUAAUCAGCAACUGGACCCACAGUGUGCGAAUUCUGGGGAUGAUCCGUAACGAUGAGAAAAGCAUGUGGCUGGUGGGCGAGACCGAGGGAACGAUUCACCUCGGCUUCACCUUUUCCAUGGGCUCCAAAACCGGCCUCCACUCGGGGUUCAGCUCCGUGCUGCUGGAGAGGGACCAGCCGGAGGGGAAGGGCAGCUUGAUAACAGCCGUCACCGUGGACAAAGAGUUUGUGGUGUGUGGAGACGUGAAGGGCAACAUGUGGUUCAACCAGCCUCCAGAACUUUCUUCAUGGAGCAACAGAAAGCCUGCCCACAGUGGCAGGAUCAGCGCUCUGAGAGUCACGAGCAGCACCAUCGUCUCAGCUUCCUAUGACAGGACAGUGAAGCUGUGGGACAGGAGCACCAAGAAACAGGUGGGCAUGUUUGUGUGUGAAGGUCCAGUGCUGCUCUUAGAGGUGAACCAGCAACACCCCACCCAGCUGGUUUGCGGCGAUGGACUGGGAAAACUCUACUUCCUCUCCUGGAAAGAAUAAUCCUGCUCAAUCUUGCAUCGUAUACACCCACAGGCACAUAAAACUUCAAAGAUUCAAAGCUUUACUUAUCGAAGUUGGUCUUGUGAUAUCACUCACAGUCAAUAUGCAAAACACAUGCUGGAAUCUGUUGGGAUUCAUUUACAAUACAAGCAUUUACAGUAACACUAAAGCUCUGUGCUGUGUCUGAUUAAAAACCUAUUGCUCUUCAACGUGUACGCUCACACUUAAUAAUCUCAUUGUAAUCUCUGAAUACGUUUACAUGUGCCUUUUAAUCUGGACGGGAAGAAACUUGUAGGAAUGACACUCAAAAUAAUUGUUACAGCAUUGUGAAAGCUGAUUUUUGUUGCGACUGUUAUUUUAUUUUAUUUUAUUUUAUUUUUAAUUCUCCUGUUCAUGCUUGUUCUUGUGUAAAGAAAUCAAAAUAUCGGCUCAUUAAGUACUUUGGUAAUGAUUUAAUGGGGAAUCUUAUGUUUACCAGUAACCUUUGCUUUGGCAUUAAAUGAAGUUGCAAAAAUA